AUCGCUCUCAAACCAACUCUCUCUUCCCUUCUCCACUUCAACAACAAAUUAAAAAAGAAACAGAGACUUUUACGAUCUCACAACAGAACGACCACUUUUAAAGCACUAAUACUGAUCAAAGCAUACUUAAAAAAUGGCUUCUUUCACGGCGAAUACGGCGGUUUCUCGGAGAUGGGUCGGUGGUAAUCAUACUCAGUCGUCAUUAUCAUCUUCUCAAAGCUCCUUGAGUUAUUCUUGCUCUAUGCCUAUGACAAGUCGCGCCCAACGAAAGCUCAAUGUUUCUUCUGCGCUUCACACUCCUCCUGCUCUUCUCUUCUCCAAGCAGUCCUCAACCUCUCCCGCCAUUGCUGUCAACCCCAAAGCCAAAGACUCCGACACUAAACAGAUGAACAUGUUCCAGAGAGCGGCGGCGGCGGCGCUGGACGCGGCGGAGGGCUUCCUCGUGAGCCACGAGCGACACCACCCGCUUCCUAAAACCGCCGAUCCUAGUGUUCAGAUCGCCGGAAACUUCGCUCCGGUGAACGAACAGCCCGUCCGGCGUAAUCUCCCGGUGGUCGGGAAAAUACCGGAUUCCAUCAAAGGAGUGUACGUGCGCAACGGAGCCAACCCGCUUCACGAGCCGGUGACCGGUCACCACUUCUUCGACGGGGACGGGAUGGUUCACGCCGUCAAAUUCGAAGACGGUUCAGCUAGCUACGCCUGCCGGUUUACUCAGACAAACCGGUUUAUCCAGGAGCGUAAAUUGGGUCGACCGGUUUUCCCCAAAGCCAUCGGCGAGCUUCACGGUCACACCGGUAUCGCUCGUCUCAUGCUAUUCUACGCCAGAGCCGCAGCCGGUUUAGUCGAUCCAACACACGGAACCGGAGUAGCUAACGCCGGUUUAGUCUAUUUCAACAACCGGUUAUUAGCCAUGUCGGAGGACGAUUUACCAUACCAAGUCCGUAUCACUCCAAGCGGAGACUUAAAAACCGUUGGCCGUUACGAUUUCGACGGGCAGUUACAAUCCACAAUGAUCGCCCACCCGAAAGUCGACCCGGAAUCCGGAGAGCUUUUCGCUCUAAGCUACGACGUCGUUUCGAAGCCUUACCUGAAGUACUUCCGAUUCUCACCCGACGGGACAAAAUCACCGGACGUCGAGAUCAACCUCGAGCAACCGACGAUGAUGCACGACUUCGCGAUCACGGAGAACUUCGUCGUCAUCCCGGACCAGCAAGUCGUGUUCAAGCUCCCGGAGAUGAUCCGCGGCGGCUCUCCGGUGGUCUACGACAAGGACAAAGUCGCGAGAUUCGGAGUCCUCGACAAGUACGCCGGAGACUCGUCGGGGAUCAGGUGGAUCGAGGCGCCGGGAUGCUUCUGCUUCCACCUCUGGAACGCCUGGGAGGAGCCGGAGACGGAGGAGGUCGUCGUGAUCGGCUCCUGCAUGACUCCGCCGGACUCGAUUUUCAACGAGUCCGACGAGAGUCUAAGGAGCGUCCUCUCCGAGAUUCGCCUCAAUCUCAGAACCGGAGAGUCCACUCGCCGUCCGAUCAUCUCCCACGGAGAGGAGCAAGUCAACCUCGAGGCGGGGAUGGUGAACCGGAACAUGCUCGGCCGUAAAACGCGGUACGCUUACCUCGCGUUAGCCGAGCCGUGGCCUAAGGUCUCCGGCUUCGCGAAAGUCGACCUCUUCACCGGGGAAGUCGAGAAGCAUCUCUACGGGGACGACCGUUACGGUGGAGAGCCUCUGUUUCUCCCGGGGGAGGGAGGAGGUGAAGACGACGGUUACAUCCUCUGUUUCGUUCAUGAUGAGAUGACGUGGAAGUCUGAGUUGCAGGUAGUUAACGCCGUUAGCUUGGAGGUUGAAGCGACGGUUAAGCUUCCGUCAAGGGUUCCGUAUGGGUUUCACGGCACAUUCAUCGGGGCUAGUGACUUGGCGAAUCAGGUGUGAGUGUUAUGUGUAAAUACACACGAAUGCAUAGUACGUGAGCUUCUAGAAGAGAGAGGGAUAUUACCAGUGGGAUGCUGUGCAUAUACGUCCCCGGAAUCACCUCCUCUUGUGUUUUUUUUCCUUUAAUUUGGGGGUGCGGUUUGUUAGUCCCCUGUUUUAGGGGGUCAAUGUAGAAAUAUGAAAGAUUUUGAGGGUCCAGCUUGUAGCUUUUGGGCUGUAGGGUAGCCGUUCGAGCUCAGCUGGUUUCUGUUAUUCUUUCAGUUUGUUGUUCAUAGUGAGAAGUAUAUAUUAUAGUUGUAUUAAACUAAAAGUUAUGUUUA